AUGAUGAUUUUUGCCUUGGAGGAUCCUACGAAAAAUAAGAAUGAUAGAAGUAGUAUAAUCAAAGGGUUUGUUAUAAACAUAAAAUUAUAGAUUUGUUUAAAAAUCUAAUAGGACAUUGAAAAUCUGGUUUAUGAUAUUUAUGGUUUAGGAUUGUCAAUGACCAGAUCUUUAGACAAUAAGAUUAAUUCUUGGAAAGGAGAAAUUGAGAGGUCAGAAAUUAGCCAAUUUAUUGUAGAGGAGUAGAAUAUUUUAAUAUUUCAGGGGAGAUUGGGAAUAUUUGAGUAUAUUAAAAUGA